UUUACACUGGACUUGGAUCAUCAUUUUCCGGGCAGUGUUAGCUUUCUUCUCGUUGCCAGUCACCGGCGUCUCCUUUUUCCUCCAUAUUCCAAUUUCCGCCACCGUCAUCCCAUUUACCAGUGUCAGUGUGGCGUUGCUGGUGAUGAAGCGCCGCCGCCGCCUCCUUUCGGUGUUCUACCUAUCAUGAUUCGAUCAUUUUUCUCCCGCUCUCCAAUAUCGUAUCGCCGUCGUUCAGUAUCAAUUUUUUUGAUUCGUCUCGUCGACGAGCUUCCUGGAAAAAAGAGGCCAUUCUGGUCCUCGUCGGCUGAAUCGACAGCUUAGGGUUUUAACUGCCCCUGGAAUUCCAUUCCUAGAGCUGGUAUUGCCGCCCCCUGAUUCUGAGUAUCUCAAGCGCCAUCUCGAGGCGGAAACAAAGUUGCAGGAAUUGGCAAGCUCGAGGGGCGAUUCACCUGACGAGCUCUUCAUAGGAGUUCGUCCUGAAUGUGGUGACAGAUUUGGUUAGCGAUUAGAGUUCUCGGAAGUGGAGUGCGUUGAGAGCCUUCAAUUGAGGUUUUGCUUGAAGGUUUCGGAGUUUUUGAUCGAAAGCUGAAAAUAUGUCGAGCGGGCAAGUGACGAAGCGGGUGAAGUACAAGACCUCGGUCAAGGACGCUGGGACUCCUGGCCGUCUUUCACUGGUGAAAGAAAGGUUGUUGUUCAGGCCGAAUAAUCCAAACUCAGCAUCUAAGCUCGACAUGCAGUUCAAAUACAUUACAAAUCACAGGUACACCAAGGAGGGGUCAAAUAAAGCACCAAUGCUCAAUCUCACCUCAAAUCAGGCAUGUUCUCUGUUUGCAUAUGGUGUGAGUUAUAUAUUCGAGUUUGAAAGAUAUGAAGAUCUCCAUAUCUGCAGGGAUUUCGUGGGCAGAGCCCUUGCACCACCAGUAGAAGCUCCAAAUCUUGGAGCCAGUUCGCAGGUUCCUUCAGAACAACCCAGCAGAGAUGAUUUGCUAUUCCGUGCAAGGCUUCUGCAAGACAGUAGUGAACUGCAGAAGCUUCAUCAACAGUUUGUGGGUGGUGGUGUGCUGACCGAAGCAGAAUUCUGGGCUACAAGGAAGAAAUUGCUGGAGAAGGACUCCAACACAAAGUCAAAACAACGAGGUGGUCUUAAGAGUUCCGUGCUGGGAGAGUCAAAGCCUUUGAUCGACGGUCGGACCAACAGAGUUACAUUUAACUUGACCCCAGAGAUAGUUCGUGAGAUUUUUUCAGAGAAACCUGCAGUUCACCGGGCUUACUUGAAUUUUGUUCCCAGUAAGGUGACAGAGAAGGAUUUCUGGACCAAAUAUUUUAGAGCAGAGUACCUCCAGCGCUCAAAGAACAUUGCAGCUGCCAUAGCGGAGGCUGCUGAAGAUGAGGAGCUUGCCAUUUUCUUAAAGCCUGAUGACAUAUUGGCCAAUGAAACUCGCAGGAAGAUCAGACGUGUUGAUCCAACUCUAGACAUGGAAGCUGACCAAGGUGAUGAUUAUUCACAUCUUCCUGAUCACGGGAUUCUUCGUGAUGGUAGCAAGGAAGUACCCGAACCAGGGAAUGAACUGUACCGAAGGACUUUGCUGCAGGAUCUUAACAGGCAUGCAGCUGUUGUUCUUCAGGGAACUCCAAUAGAUGAAGAGCAGCUGAAAGACACACAAACUGUAGCAGAGGCACUUGAACGGUCAAAACAAGAGCGUAGCACUGCUAGCAAAGAUGACGACUCAAUGGCGGAUCAAGAGAGAUUAAAAGGUAUAUCCCAGGCGAUGACAAUUGACGAUCUUCGAGGGUCAAAUGAUCACCACCUCGCACCGCUUUGGAUUAAGGACCCGAGAGAUUAUUUCGAUUCACAACAAGCUAGCUCAUUCAGAACUUCCAUGGAAGCAACAAAGGGAAGCAUGAGCAGCCAGGAAGCAUAUGGUUUGUUGAGGGAAUCCAUAUCUCAAAUUAAAUCUAUGGGAUUGAAUCAUCCCAUAGUUGCACCAGAAGUAGCCCAGAAGGUUCUCUCUGUCUUGACCCAUAACAUCUCAAGCACAAAGUAUAAUCUCGGGAAGAAACCUGGAGAAAGUCUGUUGGACAGUCUACCAACCUCAGUUAGAGACGAGCUUCUACAUCAUCAUAUUUCAAUUGAAGAGUUGAUGAAGCAUUUUUGGUCUUCAUAUCCAAUCACGACCAAGUAUCUCAAUACCAAGGUAAUCAAACUAAAGGAUGAAAUGUCGAAAAUGGAUUCUCAACUACAGAAGUUGAAGGAAACUGUACAGCCGGACAUCCGACAUCAAAUUACACUUCUCAUUCGUCCUAUGCAGCAGGCGCUAGAGGCAGCAAUGCAGCACUACGACGCAGAGCAGCAGAAGCGAGCGUCGAAAGCUCGGGAAAAACCAAAUGGAUACUCUUAA